UCAUUGUUUACAGCUAGUUUGCUUGUUUGAUGUUUCUGAUUUCCGUACUGAGUGUUGCUGAGGCUUGUUUACCGUGCAACAGUUGUAUUGUAUUAAUUUCCUAUUUUUUAACUAAAACAAAAUGUCGAGUACAUCACAGAAACAUCGUAACUUUGUCGCUGAACCGAUGGGAGAAAAGCCUGUAACAGAUUUAGCCGGAGUUGGAGAGGUCCUUGGAAAGCGAUUGGAAACUGCAGGUUUCGACAAGGCUUCUGUUGUUCUAGGACAGUUCUUAGUCUUAAAAAAAGAUAAAGAGCUAUUUCAAGAGUGGAUGAAAGAGACAUGUAGCGCAAAUUCUAAACAAUCUGCAGACUGUUACCAGUGUUUAAAAGACUGGUGUGAUGAGUUUUUGUAAUUAGUUACAGAUUUUCAAAAAAUGUUUUUUCACAAUUUUAUACAAAUAAUUAUUUUGUUCUUAAGGAUAAUACAUGUAAAUAAUAUAUUGUGCAUUUUCUAUAGUAAUGUGUGUAAUGUGUUUAAUAUUCACAGAAAUAUUGUUCUCAUACUUUUAACUGACUUGUGAAAUAUAAAAUAAUUCCAAAAAUAUAUUAGUUAUUAAUAAUUUUCAUAAAAAUCAACUGAAGCUAGACAGUUUUAAAUAUUUGGCACUUUUAUUAACGUUCAUACAAUACACUCAAGAAUUAUUAAUAACUGGCCGAUUCCAACUUGUCGACUUUGGUGGCAUUGGAUUUCUGAUUUCUUGUGAAUAAGAAGUGGUUUUAUCGCACCAUAAACUAUAUUAACCUGCAUAAAUUAGCAAAUUCAAAUUCAUUUAUUUGCUUAAAACAUGACAAAACAUUAUACAUGUUUAGUCGCAGUCUACAACAUGCAUAUCUUA